GGGAGGGGGAGAAAACUUCUGCCGAAAAAAAUAUUCAAACUGGCCGCAGAGCAACAGAAGAGAUUUUUCUGCACUUUGAAACUGUGCUGACCUCAUAACUGUUGAACCCACACAUCUGUGGCGGCUGUCAAAAGAGAAGACGUUGGAUACGGAGGGGAGAGGAAAUAAAGAGCAAAGCGCCAGAAUACAUCGAAGCCGAAGGAAAUCUGCAAGAGCUCUACAGGAAAAGAAGAAGGAGGGACUGACACUCAGCUGUGUAAACUCUUAGACUGAGAUGGAGGUCUACACUGUUACCAUAGCAACUGGUACAUCAGAGUAUUCAGGUACCAACAACUACAUCUUUGUGACCCUGGUGGGGGAGAAAGGGGAGAGUGAGCGCACCCUGCUGGAUAAUCCUGGACUGGACUUCUGUCGGGGAGCAGUGGAUCAGUACCAGGUGAAAAGCCCAACGCGUCUGGGCACUGUGCUGCUGGUCAAACUGGAGAAACAGAAGUACUGGUUGGAAGAUAACUGGUACUGUCGCUACGUCACGGUGGAGCCUCCAGGUGGAGACGUGGUGCUGACUUUCCCGUGUUACCGCUGGCUUAUAGGAGACAUCAAAGUGGAGAUAAGAGAGGGACCAGCGAAGACGCUGAGGGACGACUCCUUACCUCAGCUGCUCGCACACAGGAAGAGAGAGCUGCAGGAGAGACAGGCGACUUACAGAUGGAUUACAUGGGGCCCAGCGAUACCCAGAUGUAUUGACGCCAAAACCGAAGCAGAUUUACCUCAAGAUGUCCGCUUCGACAACGAGAAGCGGAGCGACUUUGAACAUUCAUUACAAUAUGCCUUGCUGGAGUUGUCCCUGAAAAAGCUGGCCAUCAAUUUCGGGAGGUCCUGGAGCGACCUGGACGAUUUCAAACGGAUCUUCUGGAAGCUGCGAAGCCCCACAGCUGAGUACUGCAUGGACCACUGGAAGGAGGACCGCUUCUUUGGCUACCAGUGUCUGAACGGCUCCAACCCAAGGAUGAUCCAGAGGUGCAAGAAGCUGCCAAAAAACUUCCCUGUAGAACCAAACAUGGUGCAGAGCUCCAUGGCUAAUGGGACCAGCCUGGACAAAGAACUCAAGGCAGGUAAUAUCUACCUGUUGGACUACGCCAUCAUGGAUGGGCUUCCCACCAACACAAUCAGGGGUAAACUUCAGUAUAUCGCUGCUCCACUCUGUCUCCUCUACCAACACCCAGAUGAGGGUCUCAUACCUAUUGCUAUACAGCUGGAGCAGUCUCCGGACAGAGACACGCUCAUAUUCCUGCCCAGAGACCCGCCCCUGGCCUGGCUAUUGGCCAAGAUGUGGGUUCGUCACUCUGAGUUCCAGGUGUUCCAGUUGCUUUCUCACCUGCUGAGGACCCACCUGGUGAUAGAGGUGUUUUGUGUGGCUACGCUGAGACAGCUGCCUGCUGUGCACCCAAUCUAUAAACUCAUGGCACCUCACCUGCGUUACACUCUAGAGAUCAACUGUAGGGGGCGCACUCAGCUGAUCUCGCCCGAAGGCAUCUUCAAAAGGGUUGUGUCCACGGGUGGUGAGGGCCUGAUCAUUCUGGCCCAGAGGGAGUACAAGGUGCUGACCUACCGCUCUCUCCAGCCUCACUUCGAUUUCCCUGACAGAGGCGUCUCCCAGCUCCCAAACUAUUUCUACCGAGAACACAGUCUGAUGCUGUGGGAGGCCAUACACAGUUUCGUCUCAGGUAUGGUAAACCUGUACUACCAGUCAGACCAUGAUGUGCAGGAGGAUCUGGAGCUCCAAGCCUGGAUUAGAGACAUUUCACUGGAAGGCUUCACAGAACUCCCCAACUUUGGUCUGCCCAGUAAACUCUGCACCAGAGAGGAGCUGUCCACCCUGCUGUCAGUCUCCAUCUUCAUCAGCACAGCCCAGCACGCCGCCACUAACAACGGACAGUUUGACUGGUGUGCCUGGGUCCCCAACACCCCCUGCACCAUGAGACAACCUCCACCAACAGACAAGGAUGCUGUCAACAUGGAGAUGAUCAUGGCCACCCUUCCUGAUGUGAGCCAGUCCUGCAUGCAGAUGGCUAUCACGUGGCAUCUGGGACGAGCACAACCAGACGCAAUUCCGUUGGGUCAAUACAUAGAGGAGCACUUCACUGAGGGGCGGGCCAAGGAGCUGAUCGACAAGUUCCAAGCAGAACUGAAGGUGAUUGAGGAGCACAUCGUGAGUCAGAAUGAAGGACUGGAGCUUCAGUACCUUUUCCUCCUGCCCAGCCGGAUAGAAAACAGCAUCACCAUAUAGAGACCAACAGACCCCAUUUGCUCAGGUCCUCAUUGGAAAAAAUUACAUUGAGUGGCAAGUUUGAUCAUGUUUUUCAUUUUAAAAAGUAGUCCCGCAUUGUUAUGACCAUGGCCCCGUUCCUCGUACGUGGCUAACUGAGCUAGCUGGAUAAUUUUGAUGAUGCUGCUGCUGCUGAUAAGAUGAUCAGGCUUUUUGGUUCACCGAAGCAAAUUUGGCUAAAUCACCAUAGCAACACAUCCAACAACUUGCUUCCAUGCAGGUUAAUUUGAGCCAGCUGGAUUAGUUCGCCACUCCCCCGGAAAAAAGGGCAGCUCUCUUCCUCAUCGAUGAAGGAGCGAUAUCAGUCAGAACGUUUUAUAAAUCAGAGAUCCGUUAUGACAUGACGGUGACGUCCUGUACGAGCGCCAUCGAUGCUGAAGACAAGAAAUCAUUUAUUUACAAGAAGACCUUCUGGAGCCAAAACGUUACACCAACACCACACGCUGCAGCACAGCAUCGACUGGCCAACAGACUCACACACUGUCUCUCAAACUGUCUCACACACCGUCUCUCAAACUGUCUCUCAUAUGGUCUCACACACUGUCUCUCAUACGGUCUCACACACUGUCUCAUACUGUAUAGUAUAUGUUUGUUUAUUUGGUGCUUAAUAAACUUCUGGAU